AAACUUUUUAUCCUAGGGAACUAAGGGAUUUUGGUGAAGGCACCAUCAUCAAUUCGAUUAUAUAUAUUGGAGACGUGCACUACACAGGCAAAUUAAUACACGCAGAGCUAGACACACACUUAUAUAUAACUGAUCUUCUCCCAAAUCCUGAGAUUAAAGCAAAUCCUCCAUCUUUUACAUAUAAAGAUAAUCAUCAAAGAAGAUGAUGAUGAUGAUGAUGAUGAUGAAGGUGAUGAUGAUGGUGACGGUGAUGGUGAGUGAAGGAAGUAUAAUAGAGCAGACAUGUAAAGAGACACCAGACUUCAAUCUUUGUGUGUCUCUCCUUAACUCCGAUCCACGUGGUUCCUCUGCCGACACUUCUGGCCUUGCUCUCAUCCUCAUUGAUAAAAUCAAGGGACUGACAACAAAAACCUUGAACGAGAUCAACGGUCUAUAUAAGAAGAGACCAGAACUAAAACGGGCUUUGGACGAAUGUAGUCGAAGAUACAAAACGAUCUUAAACGCUGAUGUUCCCGAAGCCAUUGAAGCUAUUUCUAAAGGAGUUCCGAAAUUCGGCGAAGAUGGUGUGAUCGACGCUGGUGUCGAAGCUUCUGUUUGUGAAGGAGGGUUUAAAGGGAAAUCUCCGUUGACUAGUUUGACCAAAUCAAUGCAAAAAAUCUCUAAUGUGACUAGAGCCAUUGUGAGAAUGUUGCUUUGAUUUAAAUCGUAUGUUUAUACAAGCAUGUGUUAAUCGGUACGUAUUUGAUGGGAUUUUACCUUUCAUAUAAAAAAAAGAAUUCAAGAAGAUAAAGAUAAGAAA